UUCCUUUUAUUUUAUUACUUUGGUCGCCCUUUUACUUGGAGUCCAUCUUCCCCAAACAAACCAUGCCUCGGAAAGCCCCCACUUCCAUCUUCCUUAUUUUCCUCUGCCUUCUUCUCCUCGCUUUCUAUUCUCUUCUUCUUUCUCGCUCUGCCAUCUCUGUAUCCCCUACCCACCUUCGCUUUCGUCCCCGAAACCUCACCGCUCGAUACGACGCUCCCGAUUCCUUCAACCAUGUUAUUAGAGAAGAUAUCAAUGAGCUCACUCACCGGACUCGACUCGUCACCUCCAUUCCAGGUCCCGUCGAGUCGGUUUCCGUUCUUUUACCGAACUGGGAGGUCCUUGUUCUCGUCUCUCAAGACACCCCGCUGACGUCGAAUCUCGGAGUCGGCGGUUUUUAUUGCUUUUUCCCAAGAAACGAGACUUCCCCGGCGAAUUUCUCGGGGGUCUUGCCUUUCACCGGUGCCACCACGUUCAAGUGCACUCUUCCGAACCGAAACCGUAGGCUCCAGCCGUUUCACCAGCCCGUCCUGACGAGGUUUCCGGAGAGGGAAACAAACGUUAUCUCUGCGGCGCCGGUAAUGCCGCGGUGGGACUUCUUGGCGUACGAGUGUUUUUCUACCGAGACAGACGUGGUUCUUUUCGUUAAAGGCGUUAACAACCGCCAAGGUAUCAACAAGUCUCCAGAGGAAUUCCGUUGCGUUUUCGGUAACGACAUCAAGAACGCCGUUAAAACCCCCGUUACCAGCUCCAAGCAGGAGGUAUUCAGGUGCCUUCAUCCCAAUUUAAUGGAACUGAGUAUUUCACCUUCAACCACCGCCGCCGCCAAAAGAAUCAAAGUCUCCAUCGAAAUCAACAGAGAAAAGCUGGUGGUCCCUUCGGUUGCGUAUUACACUCCCCCCAGGCGGCACAUGCCAUCAAACCCAAACCCCACAUCACUAUUGUGCGCCACCACCAUGGUUUACAACGUGGCCAAGUUCUUAAGAGAAUGGGUCAUGUACUAUUCCAAGAUUGGCGUAGACAAGUUCAUCUUAUACGAUAAUGGAAGCGAUGAUGAUCUGGAGAGAGUCAUAAAGGAGCUUGACGAAGAAGGAGAUUAUAACAUCGAGAGGAUUUUCUGGGUUUGGCCUAAAACCCAAGAAGCUGGAUUCUCUCACAGCGCAGUUUAUGCCAAAGAUUCAUGCACAUGGAUGAUGUAUGUGGAUGUAGAUGAGUUCAUAUUUUCACCAUCAUGGCUUAAGAAUUCUUCUCAGCCAUCAAAAACAAUGCUUAAAUCAUUGUUGUCAAUAUCAUCCAAUGGAUCAAUUGGUCAAGUUUCAAUCAAGUGUAACGAUUUCGGACCAUCGGAUCAAAAGAAGCACCCGGCUAUGGGGGUAAUACAGGGAUACAACUGUAGAAGACAAGCCGAGCAACGCCACAAAUCGAUACUUUUAUUGGAAGCAGUUGACCAUUCGUUGCUUAACGUCAUCCACCACUUUGAUUUGAGCAACAACCAUUAUAAUUGGAAAGAGUUGCCAUUAGAGGCUGCAGUGAUCAACCAUUAUAAGUACCAAGCGUGGCCUGAAUUCAUGACCAAGUUUCGAAGGAGGGUAUCGGCGUUCGUUGCGGAUUGGAGAACAAGGGUUAACCCAAUGUCCAAGGACAGGACCCCAGGGUUAGGGUUCCAACCCAUCAAGCCAGAAGGUUGGGAAAAUAUGUUCUGUGAUGUUAAAGAUGAUAGGUUAAAAUUAUGGACUAAAAAAUGGUUUGGUUCUCAAACACCACAGGGGUUAAAAAUGGCAUGGCAGCUAUGAAUUGAAGGUUGCAGAGGCAUGCUUAUGGAUCACCCAAUGUAGCCAUAGCAAUAGAUUUUAAUGGCAGAUUUUUGGAUUUUCAAAACUGACGACACUUUUAUUAUAUAUAUAUAUGUGGAGUAGAGUACAGAUUUAAUAUUAAUCCUUGGGUUUUCUUUUUCUAUUCCUUUCUAUGCAAGAAGAGAAAGGAAUUUUGUGUUUGGAGAUGUCAACUUUUUGGUGUCAAAAGUGAAAAGAACUUGUAUUGCUUUUAUUCCCAUUUUGAUUCAAAUACUAAUAAUUGAAUACAA